GUUUUGCAUUACGCGUAGGAGUGGCAAGUCUAGUCCGUUCCUUCGCGCACAAUGAACUGUAGGCUACAGCUGGCUGUUAUGAGACCAGGCGGGGCUACAGGAGGAACAAAAAAAGUGGCAGUUUACUGUAGUGGUCUUAUCUACUGUUUUAAAACCGCCACCUGAUCUGCUAUGACAGCGAUCAUGGGACUCUCAAAUCCAGUUCGGAAAGAAGGAAUAAGAUGUGUUGAUAUGUGGACACGCACUGGCGACGCGCUCGGUGGUCGUGUUUGAUGUAACCUACCUUUAACAGGUACUGGUCAGAGCUCGUGCAGACGUGUCGAACCAAGCACCGUUGUAGAACCGAGCUAGAAAGCGUACUGUUUGGGGCCAGAAACAGCGACUGUGGCCCAACGCUUCGAGGCCAUGAAUUGCUUCAAAGGGCGUUUUGGACAGGAUGUGGAGAAACAGGACCAAAAGCUGUCAAAACCAAGAUGGGAUACUACCAAAAACAAGGUGCCCACAGACCGGACCAUGGUGGUGGGCGGCAGGCAAGGUGGGGGCUGUAAAGGUUCCAACCGUUCAGGAGGUACCCUGAGAAAACGGCGCCAGCGCUACGUGGAGAAGGACGGCAAGUGCAACGUGCAUCACGGCAACGUGCGCGAGAAAUACCGCUACAUGACAGACAUCUUCACUACCCUGGUGGACCUGAAGUGGCGCUUUAACCUGCUGGUUUUCACCCUGGUCUACACAACCACCUGGGUGUUCUUCGGUCUCAUCUGGUGGCUCAUCGCCUACAUCCGUGGAGACCUGGACCACACCGACGAUGGAGACUGGAUCCCCUGCGUCAACAACCUCAACGGCUUUGUCUCCGCCUUUCUCUUCUCCAUCGAGACGGAGACCACCAUCGGCUACGGCUACCGGGUCAUCACUGAUAAAUGCCCAGAGGGGAUUCUCCUGCUUUUAGUUCAGGCCAUCCUGGGCUCCAUCGUCAAUGCCUUCAUGGUGGGAUGCAUGUUCGUCAAGAUCUCCCAGCCCAAGCAGCGAGCCGAGACGCUCAUGUUCUCCCACAAGGCGGUGAUCUCUGUGAGGGACAGCAAGCUGUGUCUGAUGUUCAGGGUAGGAGACCUGAGGAACUCACACAUUGUGGAGGCCUCCAUCCGGGCCAAGCUGAUCCACUCCAAGCAGACCAAGGAAGGGGAGUUUAUCCCUCUCAAUCAGACGGAUAUCAAUGUGGGCUUCGAUACGGGGGACGACAGGCUCUUCCUGGUGUCGCCACUCAUCAUCUGUCACGAGUUCAACGAGGGCAGUCCCUUCUGGGAAAUCUCACAGGAACAGCUGGAGAGAGAGGAGUUUGAGGUAGUGGUCAUCCUGGAGGGCAUGGUGGAAGCCACAGGAAUGACAUGCCAGGCGCGCAGCUCCUACCUAGACUCAGAGGUCAUGUGGGGGGAGCGCUUCACCCCUGUGCUCUCCCUAGAGGAGGGCUUCUACGAGGUGGACUAUGAAUCCUUCCACCACACCUACCCUACCCCGACCCCCACCUCCUCUGCCCGAGAGCUAGUCGAGCUGGCCAAGAAGGGAGAGGCUAUCCCCCUACCUCCCCAGUCCCCACCUCCAGUCCUGGAGCCGCCCCCACCACAUCCAGAGAAGGAGGAAGACAGUGGGGAGGAAGAGGUGGAGGCGAUAGGGCAUGGAGAGGGGGAUAACGUUAGCAGUGGGGAUGCUAACAGGAUGGAUGAUGGGCAUGAAUGAGUGUGCAUUGGUGAAAACACAGACCGUGUCAUCGGAUGAUGCUGCUCACUGGUUUAAAACAAGCUCAUACAUGGAACAGAGGCUACAAGAGGCAAGAUUUCAAAACCUCAACAUCAUGAAGUACUUGUGCAAGAAGUACUUGUGCAAGUGACUCAAUGUCUCAAAUGGCUUUGAUAUCAAACUUCAUCAACUGAUGAAGUGUCGAACAUAAACUCUGAUAUCCUAUAGUUUUUGACUGCUAUUAGUGGGACCAAAAGUAAGUCUUCACUCUGACUCAUAAUUUCUUUAAUACAGCAUUUAGUGCCAAUAUUCUGAUCUAAAACAACUUGGAUAACUGGGUGAAUAGGAUUUUAAAAGUUUCAUGUAAUGGUAUGUAAAUGAUUGAAUACUUUGUACUAGACUAGAGCAAUGUGUGUAAGAAUGAAUGUGAAAGAGGAUGAAUUAAAGGAGACCUGGCCAAAUGCCCAUCCAUUUCAAGUAUUUUGAUACACACGUUUUGCUUACAUGUGUACAUUUUCGUGAAUGAAUAUUGACCUUAUAUUCAAAUCUUAAAUCACUAAGUAUGAAAGGCCUUUGCCUUUGAAUGAAUUGUUAAAAGUUAUGGUUUGGAUUUCUUGCACCAUUUUGUUGGCUUCACAAAUGGUUCUGUUCAAGGCAUUUUGGAAAUGUUUGCUAUUAGUGGGCAUUGCCAACAACCUAAUAAAUAAUUGAGCGCUUAUCAUGGAAAUUGAAAUGAUUGAAGCCUUUUUUGUUUAUUUUUUCAUUUUACAUAUCGACACAGAUAGAUUUUUAGAGGUUGAUAGGUGUUUAGAGGAAGUUCUGCCAUAUUGAGUCUUACCUUGGUGAGGAUUUCCCUCUACUGGCUGUAGAACGUCAUGACAAGCACAACCUGGUCCUCUCGGGUCUCUCUCCAACUUCUUCCAAGCCUGAUAAGAAAAAUAUGAAGGGAAGGAAUAAUCAGUCUAAAUUGUUAUGUAAUCAUAUAUGUCAGUCAUUAAUCAUCAGACAAGGCGUAAAACCCCCAAACACAAGCAAAUUGUGAUAUUGUCAAUUAUGGUGAAAGGUGUGUUUAUCAUAAUGAAGCAGCAGGGGUCCCUUAAAACUGCACCCAUUCUAAUUGUAAACAAGGAAUACUGCACUGCCACUGAAAGCAAAAUUACAUAAUACCGUCAAAUCACAUAGAAAUCAAAUUAUACAUAAAGCAAAUCAUACACAAUCAAAGUCCUACAUGUGAUCGCUAAGGUGACAGGCAUACUACAUGUUAUACAAAUUGUUGUCAUGUACUCCAGGGCAGAGAUAGCUCUAGAAAACCCAAGGGACCAUACCCAGCCCUCUUGGGUUCUCAUUUGAACCAUUGACCACAUUGCGGUCAAUGUGUACGAGGCAAAGCCGAGUGGCGUAGACCACCACAGCCAUGAUAAUGCCAUUUAUUUGGAUACAUCCAUAACAAUUGAGCUAAUGGUGUGCGAUUUCACCUGACAUAGAAAAUGUGCUCUCUCAUCAGGACACUGUUGUUCAGAGGAACUAGCCAACAACACAGCUAACACAAUCUCUUCAAACUGAAGCUGGACAGACUGCAACCGAGCUGCACUUCAGUUUGUUUGACCUGUUUUCUAUUGAUAUUUAUUUGUAUACAUCCAUAAAACAUUAUGCUGAUUCAUGAUUUCGACUGGCUGAGAAAAGCUGCCUGCCUGUCUGUCUCAUCCCAACACGUUCAUUACUGUGCUACAUCAAUGGGAA